ACGCACGAUACACGGGGACUGGUGAAUAUGCUGUGCUUCAUUAGCUUCUGCGUCUGGUCUCAACCCUGUUUAGGUCACGCGGAUGUCUCAAAAUAGUACGCAUGCUGCGGAUAUAAUGGCAGGAAUGCAGACUGACGGGUGCUCACGAAGCGACUGGGUGACGCAUCAGCACAGGGAUACGUUGGCGUCUAUCGUGGGGCACCCCACGCUGACAUCGUUUCUGGCGAUCGCGGACGGGCAGUCGAUUGGUCGCAUCAAGUUUGAGAUGGCAGAGGCGCGUUGUGUUGUCUAGCACAUCAUGUUCUACCCGACGCUUCGCUCACUAACCCUUUGUUUAGAAAAUGCUGCAGCCUUGUGGCCCUCCCCCACGCAAAGACGAAGAUUGACGCUUUGAAAGGGAGCAGUAGUCUGUAAUGAGACCAGAUAUAGUAGUCCCUUUGUGCUUUGGAUCUAGGCUUUGACCCAUAAGAUUGACAUGGGAACUUUUCGCUCAUCGGGCCGCAGACAUCGGUUGAUUGUAACGUCCCGAUUAGGAAGCACAUGUCCAAGCAAAGCGCAUUGACUCUCGACUUCUUCCACGACCCCCCAACCAUUGUACUAUCCUUUCGCCAGGUGGCUUUGCCCCACCUACAAUCCCUAUAAUGGCGGCCAUGGAUCUCGUUCGCUCGCUUUCGCUCGCCUCCUCGUCCCCGGAGUCGUCGUCUUUGCAUGCUGCCUCGAAAUCCCCAACUCCAGAGCCCCAUUACAGACUAUCCAGACUAAACACCCCACCUCUUAUCCCCCCAGUCCGCUCCCCCUCUCUCAUUUCUCGCUCUGUGUCUGCUGGGAUGCCAUUCGCCUUCAAGAGGACGGAAUCGAAGGAAAAAGAGAGAGCUCGUGACAUAGAGAAACAAAGCCGUUCCCCGGAGCCAGAGGACCGCCCUUCAAGUCGCUUUGGAUUCACUCUUCGCAAGAAAGUGUCCCUGGCGUCGCUCAGACCGGGCGGGCACGAUGAAACAAUGCUGUCCCGCUCCGUUUCAGCAACCCCUAGUAUCCCCCCCAUUUCCGCCCCCACGGUGACCCCGCCCAGCGAGAACAAGGUGGCAAUCGUACUCACUUCCUCAAAUGAGGGAGAGGAAGAUGAGGAUAUCAGUGAUUUGGAGGAGGAGAAGACGGGCAAGGUUCCAGAGCGGUUCGUCAAGAGGAACGGGUUUAGGACGCGACACAAGAUGAAGGUGCAUCCGUACGAUGCACCAUAUAUGCUAGCGUUUGAUCCAGUGGUCCUUGAGGCAGAACGGUACGCGCAUUACCUUCUUCGCCGGCUGCUACCCUCCGGCUCGCCGACAUUCUACCUCUACUCGACGCCACCCUCGAGCGUGCUCGACCUUGGCUGCGGGCAAGGGAUGUGGCUAAACGAUGCUGCACGCCUCUGGCGCUCCACCAACUUUUUUGGUUUUGAUCUGGUUGACGUGACGAUACCUGCUAUAACCGACGGCUCGCUUCCCAACGUUCGCUUCGUUCGCGGAGACUUCAACCAGUUCGCGUUGCCAUUUUCCAAAGAUCAAUUCGAGCUCGUUCGCGUCGCCAAUCUAUCGCAUUGCAUUCCCCACGAUAGGUGGGAGUUUGUUCUGCGUGAGAUCUAUCGGGUGCUGGUGCCUGAUGGUAGAUUGGAGUUUCUGGAUGACCAGGCAGUCUAUAGCUUUGGCGAGGCACCGACGGAGGAGGAGGAGGAGGAGGAGGAGGAGGAUGUCGCGGCCCGAACAUUAACACCCAACGCCAACACGCCACGGCCGCAUCAACAAGUCUCAGAGUUCUUUGACUCGGACGAAGACGACGACAACGACGACGAAGACGACGGGGUCAUUAUGACGCCCUCUUUCGACUCGGGCUCGGACUCUGCUUCUGAGCGGUCGUCUUUCACGGACGCAUCUACCCUAAUCGGGGAUCCUUCUGAGCGGGGCUCAGUUGAACUGAAGAAGGGUCUGGCCCCGGGCGCUAUUUCGCUCGAAUACGAGCCUGUCCAUCGUCCCUUCAGUGGCGUUGACCACUUGAUUAUCUCCAUUCCGCCCUCUGAAAAACCAUCCGUGGUCGUCAAUGUUGUCGUUGAUGGGCAAGACUCUCCGUCGACACCGAUGGGUCCUCUGGAUGCUUCUCUGGCCGCUGCAGCUGCCGUGCCUGUCCCCUUGACACCCACCACGGACGUCUCCGAGGCGCAUGAAACCCCUUUCACUCGAUGGACCACGCGCCGCACAGCAUCUCGAGAUCUGGAACGGGUGUUCCAGCGCAUGAUCGCGUCACAGCACAAGAUGCAUACCCGACCAGCUGACCUGGUAGGAUCCCUGCUCUCGCGGAUAUUCGCUGAGGGCGAAGGGUCCGGGGGUCGGAAAGGAAAAGUGGAUCAGCCGGAGACCAUGCAUCUGAAACUUGCGCCGAUAGGGGCGGAAGAACGUCCAGGUGUAGUUGUCCGGGGGCUUGUCUCUCAUGCCAAGCCGCGGAUGAGCACCGAUUCUGUGAGGAAGGUGCCGAAGGUCUCCGAAUCGGCUAAAGUGCUGGAUUCGCCUGUCCCCUCUGGUCUCAGUGCCAAAGCUGCUGAGCGCUUGGGCAUCGUUGGUUCCGGUGCACCUCCGAUCAAACGGCCGCGAGCGCUCUCAGCCGAGUUCUCGGACGAUGAAGACGAAUUUGACGAAGCAGAUCGUCCGGCUGAGAAUCGUUUCCCGCGACCGACUCUGGGGCGAGGCAGCUCGACUUGGGUUGCCCCCGGUGAAUGGGACGCGCCUCCAGUCCCUAUCGCACGAUCGAAUGCCACUUUGCUCGUCGAUUCUCCGAGCACAAAGACCAUCGGUCCUUCUGCCAGCACUCGCACGAUCACCGGUGCUAGCAGCACGAAGACCAUCAAACAGAUGACGCUGCGUCCGAGUUCAGCUUCACGGGCCGAGUCGACUCAUAAAAGGGGUGGCUCGGCUGCGUCGACCCACAGCACAUCGAGCGUAGCCUCCGGGUCCUGGAAUGAAGCGGAUUCCGGGCCGCCACGAUACUCAAGCGGGCGUAGACAGCAUCCUGGGUUGAUUCUCUGGCCGUCGACGUUCAUACCAGUCCCACCGCUCGAGUUGGAGAUGCACGCCACGCGACACAUGCAGACGCUUCUUGCCUGCAAGCCUGCUUUGGCUGAAUUCGUCGCAGCACAUGUUGAUCCCGUGACUGGUCAGCCAGUUGUUUCGGACCAAGAGUUCGAAGACGCUAUUUGGGACUACGAAUGUUUCCGUCGUCCGAGGUACAACUGGCCUGAGCUGCCCGAAGCUCGUUUAGAAGAAGAAACCGAAGAAGACACGUUUCCGCUGUCUACCGCCCGCAGCAGUCACCAUGCUACUGCCGGCGCACCGCCGAAGAUGGAGACUCCAGUUGAAAAGAUCACUGGACGUGCUCCAUUUGAACAAUUUGAGCUCACCCAUGUUCGGACAAUACGCGUUCUCGGUGCUGUCAAGGGCGGUGUUUGAUCUGCCUUGACCUGGACUCUCUUGUUUUUACGACACAAUCCUUGACGAUUACUUGAGUGGCCUUGAUCCGCCACCCUCACGCUCCUUGCAUCUCUGUACUCUCUCGCACUCUCACUUUCGUUUUUGUCUCGCAGUCAUCCCUUGCAUCGCAUUCGGAGUUUCCUUUACAUUAUCUUGUUUAUUUUGUAGACUACGAUACUUUCUUGUACUAGAACAAAGGUGGAAUGGAGUUGUCUCGAUACUCGGAACUGACCAAGGUGUACUGUCA